AUGAAGCGCCCCCAUGACUACAGCUCCCCAGACUCGGACACAGAUGAGUUCAUUGACGUGGGUCAGGAGGACAGCUACUGCCCUGUCACCGGGUCCAUGUCCCCUGGCAGCACCUCGCAGAUUCUGGCCCGGAAGAAGAGAAGAGGGAUCAUAGAGAAGAGGCGCAGGGAUCGGAUCAACCACAGCCUGUCAGAGCUGAGACGGCUGGUGCCCAGUGCCUUUGAGAAACAGGGAUCCUCUAAGCUGGAGAAGGCGGAGAUCCUGCAAAUGACAGUGGAUCACCUCAAACUCCUGCAUGCCAUGGGAGGAAAAGGCUACUUUGAUGCGAGGGCCUUGGCAGUCGACUACAGGACCCUGGGCUUCAGGGAAUGUGUUGGGGAGGUGGUGCGGUACCUCAGCUCCCUGGAGGGGGGGACAGAGUCUCCGGACCCCAUAGGAGCCCGAUUGGUUUCGCAUCUCUCCCACUGUGCAAGUGAGCUGGACCCCCUCCUCCUGCAGUCGCCUCCCACCUCUGCCCUGCCCUUCCCUCCUUGGCAGUGGGCGGCGUCCUUCCCUCAGAUGUCGGCGUCCUCACCGGCCUCGUCCUCGCCUCCCUUCCCCGGGGGGCGGAGGGAGCUGGCCCUCCUGGGGAGCUACCCGUCACCCACCUCCCUCCGCCUCGCCCCGCUGGCCGGCUGCCAGCAGGGGGCACACCCCCUCAUGGCGCCCGCAGCCCUGGCCACCGUGCGCAGAGUGCCCUCCCUCCCCCCGUCCCCCGCCCUCGCCCCCUCCCCGGCUCACAGAGCCACACAGCCGUCCCCUCACAGCGCCUCCAGGGCCUCGCCUCUUCCUCUCCCCACCCCUGCCUCCUCUUCUCCUUCCACCUCCUCCUCCUCCUCCUCCUCUUCCUCCUCCACUUCAGCAUCAUCGUCAUCCUCCGGCCCACCGCAAAUCUCCUUCAGGCCCUUUGCACCUCUGGGGUCUCCCACAGCUCAGCGCAGGGGCCUGGGCGGAUCGGCCAAGUCGGCUCAGGGCUGGGGAACCGAGAUCGGGGCUUUUUGA